GCUCUUCAUUGUUGGAGCUUCAGAAUUGUCUUGAAGUUGCGUAGAUUUAUCGUUACUUUGCCUCAGAACUAUUUUGAAGUUGUGUGGAUUUCUCGUUACUUUGGUGAUUUGGCUCUUCGUUGUUUUCG